AUGCUCCGGUAUAGAUACCUCGUAGCUCUCGUGGCGUGUUUCUACCGGCUACCCGUCAAUUUCGAGACGUACCCAUGCGACACUUGCGGCAGACAGUACCGAAGGCUGAUAUCGUUGCAGCGGCACAAGAGGCUCGAGUGCGGAAAAGAGGCUCAAUUCGAGUGCGUGCUGUGCCAUGCCAAGUUCAAGCACAAGCACAGUCUGCUGAGGCACUAUAACGUUCACGUGGCGGACGUGAAGAAAUCGGACACGUACAGACGGGAGGAGAGUCUUCGUUACAAGUUCUCGCAAAGCUUGCCACGAAUACUACAAAUUUAUACCUUACGCUUUACUGCGAGGGAUCGCUACAAAAGUUUUUGGCACAAUCCGGUCCCAGCUGCCAGGAACGUGGUAUACUUGCCGCAAGUCGAACCGAUGCCGACCGAGCAACCUCGAAACCCACGCGGCGAAGCAGCUUUCAAGUGUCCCGACUGCGGCCGUUUCUACAUGAGACAGUCCUGCUUAAAGCGUCAUUUGAGCACCGAGUGCCGCAAAACGCCGAUGUUUCAAUGCAAAAUCUGCCUGGGAUUCUUCACGUACAGGCACAACUUGAUGUCCCACAUGAGGAUCCACACCGAGGGGCCGCAGUAUAGUUGCGGUCUAUGCCAGAUGAAGUUCUACAGACGGGACAAUUUGGUGGAUCACAAGAUAAAAUCGCACAACAUCUUCCCGGUGACGUGA